AUGCCUCCGAAUGCUGUCAUUACCCAGUCCACAAGAGAUCCUUCUUCUCCUAAGGUUCAAGAGGAGAAUUCAUGGCCCAGUUUGCAACAAUGGAAUCAGAGGGAUAAGGAGACUACAACAGCUCAGACAUCAGAAGGGAUGGUCAUAGGCGAGAGGAUUUAUGGGACAAGAGUGGGAAAAUCUUGGCUCCGAUGGAGUAGUAGAGGAUGCGAUGUCCAUCUUGGAAAUCUG